AUGGACUACGUGGACAAGCGACUGCAGGAGGAAGCUGUGAAGCCUCAGGUCGGAUACAGCAACGACGCCUUCUUCACCCCCCUCAACAUCAUCGUCCUCCUCAUCCUCGGCUACACCAUCUACGUCUUCCUGCGCCCGACGCCGCCCCCGGCGCUGCCGAGGGAGCCCCCCGCGACCGUCUUCCGCGUCUUCACGCCGCGCGCCCUGCUGCCCUUCACGGGCGAGGACGGCGGCCGCGUCUACGUCGCCGUGCGCGGCCGCGUCUUCGACGUCACCGCCGGCCGCAACUUCUACGGCCCCGGCGGCCCCUACUCCAACUUCGCCGGCCGCGACGCCACCCGCGGCCUCGCCUACGGCAGCUUCGACGAGGACAUGCUGACGGCCGACCUCGACGGCCCGCUCGACCCCGUCGAAGGCCUCGGCCCGGACGAGGAGGAGUCCCUGCGCGGCUGGGAGGAGACGUUCGAAAGCAAGUACCUCAUCGUUGGCAGGCUCGUCGCCGCCGGCGAGGAGGACAAGUGA